CUGAUCCCGGGUCCCUGACUUCAAUGAAUCCCUUCUGAGCUCUUUAAGGAGUCUGAGCAGCAGAAUCGCGAUUCAUCUUUCGAGCUUGUACGACUGGCAGUGAUACUCGAUGCAGAUUGACUCUCAGAGCAUGCUGAUUUCAGAUCUGGACUGGAUUCACUCCGGUCCGAGAGUACAAGGAAUCAGUGCUUCUUGGCGUGUCCCGUGAUCGUUUCGUCAAACGCGUCAUGUCACAUCACGCUUUGUUGUCCUCUUGCAGUUCGAGGAAGCUACAACCGGCGUGUUGCAGUCGCGAACUAGGAUGUCGCUCGUGCCCGCUGAACUAGAUCGACCGCGCGUCACAGUGAAGCUUCUUGGAAAGUUCUAUCCUGUCGUAAAAACUCUUCAUUGUUACCUGCAAGAUCUUGUCGACCUCGGAUCGACUGAACGGUCAUACGCACCUGGACCUGCGGAUACGCCGGCUUACUUUCACUUGCUGAAUCAGUGUCUCGUGGGGGAUUCGAAUGCAGAUGGAGCUUUGAAGCGCGUUGGUUUCGCACCACCCAUGUCGACCAUGCGUGAAACCGUCGAGUUCACAGUGAAGAAAAUCCUUUCUUCGAACAGUGGACGAGAUAACGUGCUCUCACAGGGUUAUAGCUUCAACAAGCACGCUGAGGGGUUAUACAAUCGUCAAGUCAACACGAAUGUCAUCGCGUUGUGCUCAGAUGAAUGGGAAACGCUCCAUUCACGCAUCGGCACCGACGCGAUGGUCCACCUGCUGGCAAACUCGAGCUUUUUCUUCGCUCUUCCGAACGACUGUUUUUGUCAAUUAUCCGGGACACCGAUUGCAUACAUCCAUCUCGACGACCCUCAUCUAUACAACGGUGAAUCAACGUCUACUAGUCGAGUGCCCAAGCGCAAGCUGCUCGGAUUGAGCGAAGGACCUCGCAAGCGAAUGAAGCUGGACAACGGCAAUUCGGCUGCUCGAGGUGCCCCAGAUGUCAAAUUGCAUCGACCGAGUCCUUCACAAGUUCUCCUCGCUCGAUCCAAACUAUUUUACGCUCGGCCUAGCAUCCACUCGCAUCGAAAUGCCCGGGAACUAAUCGCAGGCCUCCCUUCGAAACGUUUGCGCGCUAACAAUGCCAUCUUGCGGAAAGCUCAUGCACUCAUAGAUGUGCUCAAUCGCCUCAACGGGCCGAAAAGCAACCGCAUAACAGACAGUGUCGGCCCUGUCAAGCUUAUGGAACAAGCAAGACAUCUUUCCAAAUAUGUAUUCCCGCGUCAAUAUGGACUUGCGAACGUGUUUCGCUUCGAGUUGCCGAGAAGAGAGGGGUUCAGGCUGCCUGAUUUCGGGGAUAGAGAAGAUGAGAUUCGGGUGAGCAUGGAUGGGUUCAAGAAACUCCUGAGCAUGCCGGUGACGUAUUUCCAGCGCCUGGGACAAUUCAAGACACCCAAACGUCUCAAAGACGCAGUACCCAUGCUAGAGAAGAUCCUUUGGCGGCAUGGCAAAUGUAGUUACUCGAGAUUGCGCGACCUCACUUGUCCAACGAAGACAGGUCAGCUGAGAAAGUCGGAUCUAGACAGCAGCGAACUCAUCUCCGAGCAUCCGUCAUCAAACCCUCGAACACAGCCACCUCCUAUCGAUCACUCACUCGACUCGGAGGGAAACAGCAUCCAACCCAAUGGCUUAACGCAGGCUGCAUUCCACGCCAAGAACAAACCGCGGUUCGUAGAGUACUCGUGCAGCUACAACGAGGUAUAUCGUUAUGUUAUUCUCGUCUCGAAAGCAGUGAUACCCAAAACUUUUUGGGGCACGGAAGAGAAUUUCAAGCAUCUUUGUCGCCAUGUCAAACGUUUCAUCGCAUGUCGCCGUUACGAGAGUCUGUCAUUGCACGGAAUAGUGCAAGGGUUCAGCACGUCAGCAUGCGACUGGUUGAUGCCCCCUGGCUCUGGCACUCAACAGAAGCGUGUCCCGGUCACUGAUGCGCUCAAACGACGCCAGCUUCUGGAAGAUUUUCUCUUCUGGUAUUUCGACUCGUUCUUGCUGCCGUUGCUCAGGACCACGUUCUAUGUGACUGAAUCGUCCGCACUUCGUAAUCAGAUUUUGUAUUUCCGGCACGAUGAUUGGGAGUUUCUCUGUGCUCCGCUUAUCGACCAUUUGGCCGGGGGGACGUUUCAAAAGAUCCCCGUGGAUGAAGCAAAACAGAUGUUGCGUCAGCGCAAGCUGGGCUUCUCAUUCAUUCGUCUGCUUCCCAAGGAAACUGGUGUUCGUCCCAUCGCCAAUCUGAAGCGGAAAGGAUCUGCGCAGGAUGGACGAUCCAUCAAUCAAAUUCUGCACGCUGCGUUCAAGAUCUUGAGUUACGAAAGAGAUCAUCGACCACAUUUGGUUGGAGCCUCGGUGUUCAACGUGGACCAUGUUUACGUCCGCCUCAAGACGUUCAAGCAAGGGCUGCUACAAGGCAAUGCCGGACGUCUCCCAAAGCUGUACUUUGUCAAGGUGGACGUCCAAGCGUGUUUUGAUACCAUCCCGCAGAGGAAGCUGCUCGAGAUCCUGCGGAACAUCUUAUCCGAAGACAAGUAUCUCAUCCACAGAUAUGCCAAAGUCGCUCCGGAAGUGGGAAACGUCAAACGUACAUACAUGCAGACUGCUGUUCCCGGCUCCGAGUACCCGCAUUUCCUGCAAACUGCCGCCAAAUUAGCAAGUGUCUUGCACAAUACCAUUUUCGUAGACCAAGUCAGGUACUCUCAAACUCAGCGGCAAGAAAUCUUGCACCUUCUCGAAGAGCAUAUCGAGGAGAAUAUGGUCAAAAUCGGGAGUGACUACUAUCGACAGACUGUUGGAAUCCCCCAAGGAUCGAUCUUGUCCACCUUGUUAUGCUGCUUCUUCUACGGAGAUCUGGAAGGAAAGGUUCACGCAUUUAGCCAGGAUGAACGAAGUACUUUGCUGAGGCAAACGGACGACUAUCUGUUUAUCACGGCCGAUUUCGGCAAGGCGAGGCGGUUCCUGGAUGUGAUGAAUCGAGGUGAUUCACCUCAAUCUCUAGUGCUGAGCAUUGUUAAAAGAAAUGAAGGGCAUGCUGAAUACGGAUGCUUCAUCUCCCAAGACAAAACGCUGACAAAUUUCGACUACGACGGACAUCUCAACUCGAUUCCAUUGGCAAAAGGCUUUCCUUGGUGUGGCUAUGUCAUGGACACUCGAGACCUCUCGGUUUCCGUCGAAUACAGCCGGUACCACGAUUCUGAUUUGAAAGGGACAUUGACUGUGACCCGGGGACGGCGACCUGGCACUGCAUUCAAGCACAAGAUGCUUCUGCUCGCGAAAGCUCGCACUCAUGUCAUCUUCAAUGACUCGACGCUGAACAGUCAAACGGCGGUCCUAACUAAUAUCUACCAGAACUUUCUACUCUGUGCGCUGAAGAUGAACUCGUAUCUGAGCGAAUGGGGAAUCGAUGUGCGGAGGCACACGCCCUUCAUCUGGACAACGAUCCAGCAGAUGGUGUUCUACUCGUGGGCUGCCACCCGGAACAAGUCGACCACGCAAUUCGCAGCGGCACAUGGCGCACGGUGCGUGACACAGAAGGCAGCGGCAACCUGGCUGGGGAUGCACGCCUUCCACACCGUGCUAAUGCGCAAACCGACGAACUACGAGCCUCUUUUGAAACUCAUCCACGCGCAAUUGCACAGACCGCCUUACACGCGGUAUUCGCGCCGAUUCAGGUCAAUCACGCAGCAGGCUUUGAUGGAUCUGGCCCCUAUCUACGCCCGGCUAUAGCACGGGCCGGUUAAUCAGCAGUUACUUACGAUUUGAUGCAAGCAGAUCACGUCAUGCGUAUGAUCAGUGCACUGCUUUCAUGGCCCUGCUUGAAAAUCAUCACCAUGUCUAUCAUCGUCUUUCUUGCACUCAACAACCAUGUCCGAUUCCACAUUCUAUACCCUCAAGGCUCAGAAGAAGAACGAUGAAUUCUUUGACUUUGCUGAGCUUAAAGGCAAGACUGUCCUGAUCGUGAACGUUGCGUCUCAAUGUGGAUUCACACCCCAGUACAAGGGUCUCCAAGCCCUCUAUGAGAAGUACAAGGACCAGAACUUUACGAUCCUCGGUUUCCCCUGUAAUCAGUUCGGUGGCCAAGAACCCGGAACGGACGAGGAGAUCACGACUUUUUGCGAGCUUAACCACGGCGUCACCUUCCCUCUCAUGAAAAAGUCGGACGUGAAUGGAGACCAGACGAACGAGGUCUACAAAUGGCUCAAGGCUGAGAAAUCCGGGCUGUUGGGACUGUCCCGGAUCAAGUGGAACUUUGAGAAGUUUUUGAUCAACAAGGAGGGCAAGGUCGUGCAGCGAUGGGCGUCAACGACCACCCCCGCUGCCAUCGAUGCUGAGGUUGCGAAGAUCAUCUAAGCUGGAGUUUAUGUGAAUAGUCGAGAACCUGGGGGCUCCCGGGCAUCUCGGAGAAGUAUCUUCCAAUACAAAUCUAUGUACAUACCCAUCGCACAACGGACUCCAAUCAAGUCUUACAUGGACACCAGCAAGGAUUCUGCGCGAGUUGUUGAUCGAUGAUCGCGUGCAUCGGCUCAAUUCGGCAGUAGACACAGCACACCUUUCAAUCAACUUCGAUUCAACAGCGCGCCAGUCCGGGCGGCGUAUGUUGUCGCACACUCUCUUAACUCUAUCCACCACUCCCUACGCGUUCCACCUCGCACGUCUGUCUCUCCUUCACCUCACAUUCCUUUAGGAUGGCAUCCAAGCUUCUGCGGCGAAUUCCAAGCUCUCUGAAGCUACUCCUGAACAAUCCCACAGCCAGCGCACGCCCGACGAUCAGCCAGCUCCCGGAAGAUGUCAUGCUUGAAACAGCGAAACAUCUGUCCCGCGUGGACCUGCUCAAUCUCGCGCUCUGUAAUGCGCACUUCCUUUCCCUCUUCCUGCCGACGCUGUAUGCCUCGGUGGAUCUGCGCUCGAGCACUCAGUGCCAGCUGACGCUCAACUUUCUGAUGAAACAUCCCCACGUCGCGCGGUGCAUCAAGACGCUCGUCGUGCGGCCCAACUAUGAAGAGUGGGCGGGCGCGGACGCGCAGACGGGGAUGCGGGAUAUCGAGAGCUGGGUGGCGGUUACGAUCGAUCAGCUCGCACCCCAUUUGGUCAACUUGCGCAAGUUUAUAUGGGAUGGGACGGAGUUCGUCAAGUAUGAUCGUGUCUGGGUCUCGCUGCGUCAAUCAUGUCCUCAACUGCGGCAUGUGGGUGUUACUGUUGGCCUGGGGGAUUUUACCUUCCGCUCGCAGAAAGUUAUGCCCACCAACAGCUCUCUCUUUCUAUUCAAUGAUCUCCAAGGGUUCACUCUCAAAGUAAAGCAGCUGGUCGGCGGCGGCAUGCACCCUCCUUUCGAUGUCUUCCCUGACACUUUCUGGGAUAUGCUGCUUAACCGGUGUCCGAAUCUGCGGCAUCUUUCGAUAGACACGGUCAACGAGCGCUACAUCGACUUACGGCCACUCUUCCAAGGCAGAUGGCCUCAACUUCAACACUUGACUCUCGGGGACUUCGUCCUUCUUGACGCUUUUGCAACCGAGUCGGGCACCAAUCAUAAGAACAUGACGGACUUCUUGGCAUAUCAUCAGAACCUCGAAAGCGUUGUUCUCCAUCAGCUGGAGGGAUGGUACUUCCCCCUGUCAUUGAAUCUACCCCCCGCCGCAUUGCCGAAGCUCGAACAUUUCAGUGCCCACUUCCUGAUGGUCCGCCACAUGCCCAAUGUCGCGCAACUACAGAGUCUGGAGCUCACAAAUCAUGCACAUGGAGUGUACUUGAUGUCGGGUGCUCUGUGGGCCAUCUCUCAAUUUCCGUCGCUCUCCUCGCUCCGCAUUUGGAUUGAUUGUCAUGAUUCCGGCGACGCUGACGUAAACAACCAACACACGCAAUAUUUCACCGAUAUUCUCACAUCUGCACCUAAACUUCUUCAUUUGGAACUAUCCUGCUCGACGGAUCCUACGUUCCGAAUGACUGAGCUCUCCAAUGCACUCAAAAGCAUCACACACUGCCUGCGAUCGCUUGUAAUUACGCAAGUGAAGAAAACCGCGCGCGAAGGCGACAUGCUCAAGGAUGCUACGACGUUGUUUCGGGAGAACACGACACUCCUGCGGCUCCAGCUGCAAGACGCAGCCGCACGCUGGCGCCAUCCGCGGGACCUGCGACUCCAGAAAGUGGGCAUCUAUGAGAUGAUGGCGCCGGUCAUCUCCGCGCAGGAAAUUGGCUACAACCGACGCGGUCAACGUUUUUCGCGUUCUUCUCGCCACGUGGUGAAGCGAUGAACGCAUUCAAUUAAACCUUGAGCCCCUAUCCCAGCGCGUCACCAUCGAGCGUGUCAAUCGGUCAUGACGUACUAAUACCCCCCGAAUUACUUAAACUCCAUCCAAGCAUUGGGCACGCCAUGAACCCUACACCUUCCAGCGAACUUUCUGUUUACUUCGACGCCCCCAUCCUCAUCAUGGCCAGUAAGACCCCGACCGUUGAAACCCCUCCGCGCUUAGUCGAGUCUCCCGCCCACGAUCCCGAGUUGCUCCCCGCCACUGAACCAGGACCCGUCGGCAGCGAUGCGCCUGUUGACGCCAAGGCGCCCGUCACUGCACUGGAACCCGAGCAUACGACCGAGCACACUGAAGCACAUGACAUCGUCGAACCCCUGCCCGCGCGCACCUCCUCUCCUUCAUCCUCCUCGGCUAAUAAGGGUCACGUACGUGGCCAAUCUGGCGGCACAUCACCCUCCAUCGCCCCUCGCAGCGUGUUCACCAACGUGGAUGGCAACGCUGUGGCGGGCUCAACUUUCAUUGCUGGUGCUGGAACCACGGGUCCGCUCGCAACAGCCGAAGCGAAUGAGAGCUUGCACGCUCGGGAGGCAUCAGCGGAUGCCGCGUUGAGCGAGGACCAGAAGGCCAAGGUGGCUCGUAGCGGAUCGAAGAGCAAGAAACAGCUCACUAAGAUCAUCAAGGCUGAAGCAAAGACGGAAAAGAAGGCCUUGAAUACAUCCAUCAAGGAGCUUGCCGAACUGCAGAAGAUCCAAAAGACUGCAGCCAAGCGAGAAGAGAAGGCUCAAACGCUGUACAACAAGACUUUGACGACGUUCCAGAAGCACGAGGCCGCUUUCAUGGCUGCCCGAGCCAAGUUCGAGGCAUCGCAGGCACUGCUCACGUCGCACACGGAGGCGCUCGAUGUCACGAGGAACAAUGCACGGGAGGCGACUAGCAAUCUACAGGAGAAAUCUCAGGAGGUCGAUGGCCUGCGGAAGAUGUUUGAUGUUGAUGAGAAGGAACGGGAGGUGAAAAUUAUCGAGCUCACGGGGAAGCCAUCCAGCAAGUCGCGGUUGAGCACCAUUUUUGGUUAGGGUUUAUGAUUUUAUUCUUUGCGUUGUCUCUCUUUCUGGACGGAUGGGUGGAUAAUCAUGCAUCAUGGACGAUAAAUAUAUCCCAUAUACUCUAUUGUACACUGUAGUCCUCUGCGUCUCUAGGAGAACUCUCCGACCACAUCGCGUUCCAGAUCGAUGAUAAUCUCUUGCCUGUCUGGAUACAGCGC